GUGUGGAGGGGGAGGUGUUGAUGGGAACGACCUGACAGCAGGGCGGCGACGUUCACUCAGUGGAACCUCACAGCAGGAGCAGAGAACACAGAACCCCAGCUCUGAAGAUGUUCCUCACAGGUUCCUUCCUCCUGAUCUUCCUCACAGGUGGAUUCAGCUCCAGUCCUCCUCCAGUCCCUGUUUCUGAAGACACAGCGGGACUUCCAGGGCCGGUGGAGACUGAAGAAUACUCUCCUGGAGAUUACUAUGACCAUCCCAGAUUACCAGGUGGAUUCAGCUCCAGUCCUCCUCCAGUCCCGACCAGAGUUCCAGAGGGAACACCUAAGCCCGUGUGUGGGAUGAGAGGAACCUUUGACAGUGCAGAGUUCCACGCUAAAUACGUGUUGAACAUGACGAAUCCUCCUGAGUAUCUCAGAGAGUACUUCGCAAGCUUCUAUGACUCUCCAGAUCCUUGUGACCUGUACUGUAAUUAUGAUCAGGUUAUAGACAAACUGCAACUGGAUAAACUAAAGGAGAAGUUGACCCUCAGUCGGCCGGUUCAAAGUCACCGCAUUCUCACCUAUGUUUACCUGGAAAUGGUGAUCGCUUCCAUCCUGAAUGUGAAAGCGAGUGAGCAGCUUUUUGUGACUCAUAUGUGGCUUUAUAUGUCCUGGAACAACCAGUUCAUUUCCUGGGAUCCUCAAAAGUUUUGUGGAAUUAAACACAUCGUCGUUCGUAGCGACACUUUGUGGAAACCAGACAUAAUUAUUGAGGAGAUGCUGGAGAAGGACAAAAUCGCUCCGAGUCCUUUCCUCAAGGUCAACUCAUUCGGCGAGGUGGAACAUCGGAUCGAUCAGGUGGUGACGGGCACCUGUCGCAUGAACGUUUACAAGUUCCCCUUCGACACCCAGCGGUGCACCAUCUCCUUUAAGUCUCUGAUGCACUCAGAUGACGAGAUACGCUUCGUGGUCAACACAAACACCACAGUCAUCUCGAAGUGGUCUCACCACGCCAUGCAGUCGAAGCACGAGUGGCGGUUUGUUAAGAUGACGGUCACCAACAAAACCAACAGCUUCUACUUCGGAUCCAACCAGACUGUGAUUGUUUACACGGUUUUCAUGCAGAGGAGGCCGAUCCAGCACGCCGUCAACUUCCUGCUGCCCAUCUUCUUCUUCCUGUGUAUGGACCUGGCCUCCUACCUGAUCCCAGACAGCGGAGAGCAGAAGAUCAGCUUCAGGAUCACAGUGCUGCUCGCCGUCACGGUGCUGCAGCUGAUUCUCCACGAGAUUCUGCCCUCCUCGUCCGACAGGGUGCCUCUGAUCGCCGUCUACUGCAUCGGGAUUUUCUUUAUGAUGCUGAUCAGCCUCCUGGAGGCCAUUUUGGCCACGUAUCUGAUCCAGAAGGACUCGGAAACCCAAGACUGCCGAACCGAUGGAGACCAAAGCAGCAACUCAGAGAGAACAGUCAGUUUCUGUGGCUUUUCCAAAGAGUGGAAGAACAGCAGCAAGCGCUCUUCUCUCCACCACACACCGGCCGAUCAAACCCCGUCUGACAGCAAGGAGACUAACAGUGAGAAACCAGAGGUGAGCAUGAACAUGACCCAGGAGGCAGGCGAGCUGGAGAAAGACUCCGAUGUUUCCUGGAAGGACGAGGAGAAACCCGGCUACUGGACCCGACGGGUCCGGAGGAUCAACAGAGGCUUCUUCAUCCUCUACCUCACUACAGCCACGGUGUUUCUAGUCUACAUGUUCUCCCUGUGGACCACUCCGGAUGAGGACUAAAGUACCAGGCAGUGUUGUUCAGAGAGUGUGAAGCUUGGCCUCCACUCAGAGCCCUGCAGUCAUCAAUAGUUGUGUGUUGAGUGAUUUUCGUGAAGAGCUCUUGGGAAAGUGGUGUGAUCUACCGAUUGCGACGCACCAAAUAAUGGAUCAGCUGCUGCAGUGCUGCACAUUUCAUCACAAAUUAUCAUGCAGUGGUCACUAACCCUAACCCCGAUGAAGGAGCCAUUAUUUCUGCAGGGCAGGCGGUAGAUCACGUCCAUCACCCGAAGCAUAUUUGUGCUCCUGAAUAUUCAGAACUCACCUGCUUCUUCACCCCUCCAGUGUCACGUUUUCCAGGUUUUCAGACGGAUGACGUGUGCACAUUUUGAACAGGAUUAAUAUAAACGUCCUGUCGGCUUUUGUUCUGCUCACUGUUCUCCAGUCACGCUGCUGCCGCUUUGACUUGUUUACUGUUGCUAUGGCGACGACACACUGCAUUAAAAGAGAUCUUUUUAACCCGAACCACCGCUUUACGUAAACAGUACAAGUGUUUUUGUGCCUAAACCUAACAAGACCCUCACAAUAGCAUUUAUUUUAAUCGCUUCAUCAUUUAAAGGGAUUUAAUCAUAUCCGGUCUGUGAGGUCAAUAAAUUCCAGCAAAACACAGCAUCUGUUUAUCCAGUGUGAAUUCACUCCAAGUGACGCAGACAUGCAGGGUGAUUCCCAAACGACCAGAGACCCGCAGGUGAUGCUCAUCAGUCCAUCAGAAGAUGUCUGCUGCCGGAGCAGGGGUUUAUGUGGGCCGGAACCACCAAUCCGGAGUUCUGGAACUUCUAACAAUGUCAACUGAGCGACUGGUCUUCUCCAAGCAUCAAGAUCGUACUUUCAGCAUUCCGCUACGCUCACCGUCUAUUUUAAGCUUGAAAAAGACGAGGGUCAGAAUGAGAGGCAGACUCGCAGGCCGACCCGGCGCCAGGCUAACGCUGCAGGGCAGC